AUGCCUUUGGUUCGAAAACAAUUCCUAUCUUAUGUGGCCAAUACGUUUAAAGAAGGUGACCUAGCUAUUGUUCGUCGACUUAAAAACCCGACACAAGCAUACUUAACAAAACCAUUAAAAAAAGGUGUAGUCGUUCAAACUCAUAAUGGAGAGUUUUCUCAUGAUGAUAUAAUUGGUAAACCAAAAAGAGUUUAUCUUCGGUAUAAAAUGAAGGAGAGUAAGAAGUUCAAUAUAGGAGACGAUAAGUUUAUUGCUACUGAACCAACUUUGGAUGAAUACACAUCUUUGGUUAAAAGAUUAGCCCAACCUAUAUACUCAUUCGAUGCUAGCAUUUUGGUCCAAUUGGCAGAUAUCGAUGUAGAUUUCCCAAAUAUGGUUAAGGAUGCGGAUGUGAUAAAGCUUGAGAGUGAACCUAAACAUUUUUUGGAAGCGGGUACUGGAAAUGGCUCUUUGACCUUGUCAAUAUGUAAUGCUAUACAUGCAGCAAAUGGCUUGGCCAAACAUUACAACGAUAAGUCGCUUAGGGGAGCUAUAUUACAUUCUGUAGAUAGGAAUACUAUGCAUUCGUCUGCUGGAAAAUCGAACGUAAGUAAUUAUAAGAACGGAAGGUAUGUGGACGAUGUCGAAUUUUACGUUUCUGAAACACCAUCAGCUUGGUUAGAGGAACAAAAUGAACAAAAAGAAAGCUUGGAUCCAUAUUUAAGUGGUGUAUUUCUUGAUUUGCCAAACCCAGAAGCCUAUUUGCAUGAUAUUGCCAAGCAUAUGAAGCUCGAGGCUACUUUGAUAGUAUUCUGUCCCUCAGUUACCCAAAUUUUGCAAUGCAAAAAAGUCAUCGAAGAUUCAAGACGCACGUCAGACAAUAAGGAGCAUAAUACUGACAAGCUAAUCGAUUUAACUUUGACUAAGACUAUUGAACUUCCUCCAGGGAAUGGUGGAGGAACGAGAGAAUGGGACGUUAAAACCGUUUUCACUAGAGAAUCGGAAGAAAAAGUUUCCAUAUGUAGACCCAAGGUCGGUUUGAAGGUUGUUGGAGGUGGGUUUGUUGGUGUAUUCAAGAAAUCAUCAGUGAAUGGUGAAGACUUUUAA